CCCCGGCGCCUCUCUGCUUUUAAUUAUGUUUCCAGCACAACUGGCAUAUCAGCAUUCUUGCUAUGAUAUUGUCUCGAUAUAUUUUCUGGGGAAUAUUUCCUGUAUUAUAAAUGCACGUGCUUUCUUUGAAUCACCUUGAACAAUAUGUGAGGGAGAACAUUGAUUGGGAAUUGGUAACUGAAGAACAUUGUGUAACUGACCAGUGAUAUUAUGUGCAGGAUAGUAAAAUAUAUACUCAACUUUGCAGUAAACAAAAGGUAUGAUGACCUAAACUGAAGUGAAACUUGGAAACGUUACUGACAGCUGUUUUGAGGUUAAACCUGACAACCGGUUGCAAUGGGCGGUGGGAGGUCAAUGGACUUCAGCAGGCCGGUGCACCCUCCCGCCGGCAUCUAUGGAUGCCGGAAGCAGUGCCUGUACGCCAUCGUGCUCUUCAUUCUCGUCGUCGUCAUCAUGAACCUCGCUCUCACUGUUUGGAUUCUCAGGGUUCUCAACUUUAACAUUUCCGGUUUGAACGUUGGUACGGUGACGUUGUCCAGUAGCGGCCUGACGGUAGGCGGACGAACGGAGGUGGUGAGGACUCUACACGCCAGCAAAAUUACCUCAGCUUCCGGCACGAAUAAAAGACUGAACAUAACAUCUAGAGGAGACAUUGUGUUAAAAUCAAGAACGGGUGAUACAGGGAAAUCUGUGAAAUUCCAUUUAGGCAGUGGACGGGUGAAGGUUCUCUGUGACGAGUUCGAAGUCCGUGACCUUGACAACCAGACGAGGUUCAAGGUCACCGACAAGGCUGUAACGUACGGUGUGGACGAGGUCACAUACAGCGGAAAAGCUGUAUUCAACGGUUCUAUAGAAACACCGAACAUACGAGGACCAAACAAAGGAUCCUUAAGGCUGGAAUCUGUGUCCAGUUCCAUCCAGGUGUCCGGGCGGCAAGGUGUACAAGUGGAGGCCCUUGUCGGCAAUGUGGAAAUAAACACCGGAAACGACCUGCUGCUGCGCGCUGACAGAAAGAUACUCAUGAACGCCACAAAUAUUCUGCUGCCAGGACUUUUCCCUAGCACGGGGAACAAAAGUGACGUCACUAGAGAUGACGUAUACCAGCUGUGUAUGUGUACUUCCGGUCAACUCUUCCUUGCGCCCCCUACCGGCCGUUGUCAAACAGAUAUGAUAGAUUGCUCCUAGCACUUUGAACGUUAUUUUUUCAAUAAAUGUUGUUUUCAUGUUGUCAAAUACAUAUCAGUUGAUGGUUUGUGUUACUGUAAUACUUGAAUGAUUUUAACAAACUGGUGUUCCAAUAAAGGUUAUCAUGGACGUGAUUUAUUCAACAUGCACUACUAUAGUCACUUUCGAUUGAAUAAGUUUUACAAAACAUACCAUUUUUAUGACAUUUAUUUGAACAAACGAUUGAACAUACUAGAGCCAUGUAAAAAAACUUCAGUACCUAUGUAAACUUUUGAUUGCUUCACUGAGAGUCUGUGCCAGGAAAACAGAGUAGAGAGAGGUACGUGUGAAACAACUACCCAUAAUCGUUCAGUAGGCAAGAAAGACGCCUGGCACAGCUACACCCACACAUGAAAUAUGUACCCUAUAUAUGG